AUGUAUGAGAAUAAAGAUGAAAAUGGUAUUGAAAGUGCAUUUGUGACUAAAUGGGAAUAUUAUAGGCCAUUGCAGUUUAUUUUGGUAUCAAGGGAGAACAAUGAAGAAUUUACGGAACACUCGGAACACGAAGAAGACAUAGAAAAAAAGUCUAAUCACAGUGAUUUAGAAGAUGAAAAUGAAAAAGAUACUGAAAUUUUAUUAAUAGUACAAAAAAGAAGACGGUCUGAUGAAUCAAGCUCAAGCUUAGAAGAAUCUGUGAAUAGUGUUCAAAAUAAUGAGUUACGAAUAUUGAAAAACAAUGUAAAGUGUAACUUGAGAUCCGUGUUUAAAAAGAAAAAAGUAAAAACGUGU